AUGGAGCAACAUACAGUUCAUGUGGACCAAGAAACCUUUUCCUGUUCGAUAUGUCUGGAUCUACUUAAGGAUCCAGUGACUACUUCGUGUGGACACAGCUACUGUAUGAACUGUAUAAAAAAACACUGGGACCAAGAGGAUCAGAAACGAAACCACAGCUGCCCUCAGUGCAGGCAGACCUUCACACCGAGGCCUGUCCUGUGGAAGAACACCAUGUUAGCAGCUUUAGUGGAGCAGCUGAAGAGGACUGGACUCCAAGCUGCUCCUGCUGAUCACUACUAUGCUGGACCUGAAGAUGUGGCCUGUGAUUUCUGCACUGGAAGAAAACUGAAAGCCAUGAAGUCAUGUUCAUUCUGUCUGGCCUCUUACUGUGAGAAAGACCUUCAGCCUCAUUAUGAUGUGCCUCCAUUAAAGAAACACAAGCUUGUGGAGCCCUCCAAGAACCUCCUGGAGAACAUCUGCUCUCGUCAUGAUGAGGUGAUGAAUAUGUUCUGCCGUACUGAUCAGAAGUGUAUCUGUAAUGUCUGUUUAAUGGGUGAACAUAAAGGCCAUGCCACAGUCUCAGCUGCAGCAGAAAGGACUGAGAGGCAGAGAGAGCUGGAGGUGAGACGAGGAAAAAUCCACAAGAGAAUCCAGGACAGAGAGAAUGAUGUGAAGCUGCUUCAACAGGAGCUCAAGGGCAUCAUUCACUCUGCUGAUAUAGCAGUGGAGCACAGUGAGAAGAUCUUCACUGACCUGAUCCGUCUCAUCCAGAAAAGAAGCUCUGAUGUGAAGCAGCAGAUCAGAUCCCAGCAGGAAACUGAAGUGAGUCGAGUCAAAGAGCUUCAGGAGAAGCUGGAGCAGGAGAUCACUGAGUUGAAGAGGAAAGACGCUGAGGUGAAGCAGUUCUCAAACACAGAGGAUCACAACCAGUUUCUCCACAGCUACCCUCCACUGUCAGCACUCAGUGAGUCUAUACACUUAUCCAGGAUCAAUAUCCGUCCUCUGAGAUACUUUGAGGAUGUGACAGCAGCUGUGUCAGAGCUCAGAGAUAAACUACAGGACAUUCUGAGAGACACGUGGACAAACAUCUCACUUACCCUCACUGAGGUAGAUGUUUUACUCUCAGAACCAGAACCAAAGAGCAGAGCUGGAUUCUUAAAAUAUUCAUGUGAAAUCACAUUGGAUCCAAACACAGCAAACACGCUGCUGUUACUAACAGAGGGGAACAGGAAGGUGACGUGGAUGGGUCAACUUCAGUCUUGUUCUAGUGACCCAGACAGAUUCACCGAUUAUUCUCAGGUUCUGAGUAGAGAGAGUCUGACUGGACGUUGUUACUGGGAGGUGGAAUGGAGUUCUGUAAACCCAAAUAGAUAAAAUCUAUUGAAGGUUCAGUGAGAUUUUUAAUUCUCCAUCAGAUGUUUUUUUUAUCAUUGUUGUUUUAUGUGUUGUGAUUAUAUUAUAUUAUAUUAUAUUAUAUUAUAUUAUAUUAUAUAUUUAAAAUUGUAUUAAACAAUAAUUCGGUCUGUUAAGUGUUGUCCGGUUUAUACCAGCCCAUUAAGGCGGUGGUAUUAGGACAAUAGAGAAAAGGGAUGUGCUUAGCUCUGACAUUCCUGAACAGCAAAUCUCUGCACACACAUGUAAUGAAUUCACACAAUUUAUUAACAAAAAUAAUUCACCUCAGAGUCAAACAUAUUUCAGUCAACAAACUCUUUACUAUCCCAGAACAAUCCAAGCAAAACUACCAAGCAAAAUGAAAGAAUAAGGAAGACCAACUAAAUGCAAUAUGAACAAGUGAAUCAAUUAAAAACCAUGGCCAAAAGAGUGAAGCAACAUUACCAUUCAAUCUUACUCAUGUUUGGGAACCAAUGAUUUUCUUAAGGAAUUUGGAAAUGAGGUUAAGUCAGUCUUGGAACUAACUUAGACAGUAAUUGGCAGGGACGUGCACAGAUAGACACGAGGUGGUGCUAGAUCACCUGCCCUUUUAUCCUAUGGACAAAAAAGUGCCCUCCUGAACCUUUUUUUUUUUUACAGUGUAUAGUGUGGGGCCCAAGGUAAAAUUUCUGCAUUUAAAUGCCUAAAAUACCAGUGCCCCACGUUUUGAAAUUUUGAUCGACAAGUCAUCACUUUCAAUCACACAUCAAUUAAGUCACCUCUUCAUCUUCAAAUCUCCCUCAUCCUCAGCGAGCUACUGCAACAAGAGAAAGAAUAAAUAUUCUUGUAUUAGCAUCAAGUUUUGUAGGAAAGAAACCUGCCUAAAACUAGUUAUGUUAAAAAGAACAUAAACCCCCACAGAGGUGAGAAUGUUUUUUUAGACUUUGUCUACAAAUGCUUUUGAAGCAAAACUGUACCGAUAUAAACAGAAGAAUAUAAAUGCCGUUAACACGGCAGGAGCUGAAUUCUGACCCUUGGCUGAAAUAAAAAGAUAUUCAGCAAUUUAAUAUUAAUUGACAUGUUGGACACACUUAGUUAUUUAAGUUGAUAUUUAUUGACAGAUCUAGGGGAAACUGGGGAGUGCCGUGCCAGGGGCAAUGGGAUCCAAGGAACCCGGACUGUGCAGCUGACCGUGAGCAACAGGAGGCGUCUAGAUCAGAGGUGCUGCAGGCCUCGGUUGUAGAAGGACAUCAGUCUACCUGGGUGCUCACAAAUGCUGUGCUGCAGUCACAGACAGAUUGUCCACCAUUAGGGAUAGUUGUAAUGAAUUACACUAAACCAAUAACUUCUUGAGAGACAUCAGCAGCUCCUAAAAAAAAGACUGGCUGAAAGUAAAAUGUUUGUUUGCUCGUACGCAUUUAGUUCUAAUCCAAACAGCACUUAAUUAGGUACUUUAAUUCACUUAAAUCACUUUAACAUGUCAAUAAGGUCACCUCUUUGUCUUCAAAUCCCCUUGGUCUCCACGAGCUC